AAAAAUAUUAUUUUAUUAAUGGAAAAAGUAUUAAAUACAAAUAUAAAAACGACUUUCAAAUUAUUAAUUGAAAAUAUCGUUACAGUACCUGAAAUAACAGCGGCAGCAUUUAAUAAAGCUAGAGAAUUUAAAAAAUAUAAUUCUUUUAUAAAUUUAACGGAGGAGUCUGCAAAUAAACAGGCAGAAGAAUCCCAAAAACGUUAUGAUGAGAAAAAGCCUAUUUCAGAGUUGGACGGUGUUCCCGUUGCUGUUAAAGAUAACUUUUGUACAAAAGAGGUAGCGACAACAUGUGCAUCAAAGAUGCUUCAAAAUUUUAUCCCGACAUAUAAUGCCACUGUAGUGGAAAGAUUAAAAAAUGCCGGAGCAGUACUAAUAGGCAAAACUAACUUAGACCAGUUUGCUAUGGGUUCAGGUACUGUAGAUUCUAUAUACGGGCCAUCCAAAAAUAUUUGGGGCUAUCAAGGUGACGAUAAUUUUCAUAUAGCUGGUGGUAGCAGUGGAGGAAGUAGCAUAGCUGUUGCUAGCGGUAUAUGUUUCGGUGCUUUAGGAUCUGAUACAGGGGGUUCAACAAGAAAUCCAGCAUCAUAUUGUGGGGUUGUUGGUUUCAAACCUACUUACGGACUUGUGUCUAGAUAUGGUUUAAUUCCUUUAGUAAAUUCAAUGGAUGUACCUGGUAUUUUAACACGAACAGUAGAUGAUUGUGUUAGUAUUUUAAAUGCUAUUGCUGGAUUCGAUGAUAAGGAUUCAACAUCACUUGAAAGACCUUUUAAAAAAAUAAGACUCCCUCCUGCAGACAAAAUGACCAUUAAAGACCUAAAAAUUGGGAUACCUGUUGAGUAUUAUAAUGAACAUUUAAGUGAUGAGGUAUAUUUUGCUUGGAAUGAAAUAGCAAACUUAUUGAGCAACAAUGGUGCCAUUGUUAAACAGAUAUCCAUGCCCAACACUGAGCACAGCAUUGUAUGUUAUUCAAUACUAAAUCAGUGUGAAGUAGCAAGUAAUAUGGCGAGAUAUGAUGGUAUUCAGUAUGGCUAUAGAGCUGAAGAAAAUUCAUCGACAGAAAAACUUUAUGCAACUUCAAGAAGUCAGGGAUUCAAUGAAGUUGUUAGAAAUAGAAUUCUGACUGGUAACUAUUUCUUAUUAACCAGGAAUUAUGAAAAAUAUUUUAAUAAAGCUUUAAAAGUACGAAGACUCAUAGCCAACGAUUUCCACAAAGCCUGGGAGGAAGUUCAAAUUUUAUUAACACCCACUACAUUAACAACAGCGCCUUUGUACAAAGAUUUUGUCCAAAAAACAAAUAGAGAUCAGUGCGCCCUCCAGGAUUAUUGUACGCAACCUGCUAAUAUGGCUGGUGUUCCUGCCAUCUCAGUUCCAAUUAAACUGUCAAAUAAUGGAUUACCAAUCAGUUUGCAAUUAAUAGGAAGAAAUCUGAGUGAACCCAUGUUAUUGGCUGUAGCAAAAUACAUUGAAAACCUUGUACAAUUCCCACAUUUUGUAAAUAAAUCAUCAUAGUAUUUUU